AGUAGCGCAAGUAGCGCUAGCAGACCGACUAGCUGUUGGUACAAUUCUGAUACUAUUUGGACGUUCUUUUAGUGAAUAUUUGUCGACAACGUCUAUAUUCUUUUAUUUCUUAUCUUUUUAUGUGAAAGUUAAGUGAAUUUCGAGAAAUCAUGGCUCACAGACGGCUCGUUCCCGAAAACAAGGGUCUUCAGAAUGUGACCAAAUUAUAUUAUGUGCCCAAACCAUCUGUUCUCAACGAAGGAAGAGGCAGAAAUUUACCAGAUGCAUUCAAGCGAUUUUAUUUGGAGCUAAUUCAAGAACCAGCAGCGGUUCACCAUAUUCCAGAAAAAAGGAAAUAUAUUCGAGACCCUGCGACAGGAAUAGUGAGACGAGGACAGGAUGACCCUCCACCAGUUAUAUAUCCAAAAGCUUUCCACAAAGGACUUUGGGGUGGCGCCGGCAUUCUCAAGGGUUUCUCCCACAAUAAUCCUAAAUUACAGCGGUUCCCAAAAUAUUGGGCACCUCAGUAUGAAACAUCUGUUGUUUAUAGUGAAGUUCUGGAUAUGUUCAUAACUACCAUAAUGACCAAGAGAACUAUUCAAUUGAUUCACAAACACUAUGGGUUUGACCAUUACUUGCUGCAGACUCCUGCAUGUGAUCUCAAAUCUGAUCUUGCUUUGAAAAUCAAGAGGAAUAUUCUGCUGGCUUUAGAUAAAAAUGAGCUUCCUCAUACAAAUCCAGAAAAGAGGGAGCAAGUUUACAAUGCCUACAAACAUUAUUUAGAGAAGUAUGACAGUGAAUUCAUUGAAUGGUAUGGUCUUAAAAUCUCUGAAGCAAUACUAAAGAUGGAGUUUGAAAUGGAGAAAGCUGCAGGCGCACCUCAGCCUUUAAAAGUGCUUUAUCGCAAAGAAUUUUUACAAGAACUCCAAGAAGCAGAUAUAAAGAAAGAAGAAUUAGAAGAUCAACCAGCACCUGCCAGUGGAAUUUCUUCCAUUUUCAGUAAACUGAAUCCAUUCAAGAGAAACAAUUAAUUACUAAUUUGUAUUUUGUUAAUUUUGGUAGUGAAUGCUGUAUCUCUUGGUCAGAAAAAACUAAUACAAGAAAAUGUUACAGUUUA